AUUGGCUUCACCAGGGAGAACUCCACACUGUUUGAGCUGCGAAACUCCACCAAUGACCUGACCUUUAACCUCACCGACCUUGACCCGGGCUACAGCUAUGGCAUCUACGUGGUGGCGGUCACCGCAGGGGUCAAGAGUCAGCCGUCCGACACCAUCACAGCGGCCACCUCGCCUGGCGUCAUUCAAGACUUGUCGGGAGAGGAAGGGGUUCGAAGCCUGCGUCUGGAGUGGCGACCAGCCAAGAACUCGGUCCAGGUCUCCUACCAGCUGACCCUGGUCAGCAUCACGGACAGCUCGGUGCGCAACUACUCGGUGCCGGCCGACCCGGGGUCAGGGUCAGAGGUCGUGAGCUACCUGGUAGAGCGUCUGGUCGGAGGCUUCGCCUACAGUGUGGCGGUGCGGGCCGUGUCGCAGUUUGCCGUCGGGGAAGCCAAGUCGGAGAUCUACAGGACAAUCCCUGAGCCUGUGUCAAAUCUUACGAGCCAAGCGGUGAACACCACGGCCUUGAAAUUGUUCUGGAUGAACCCGGAAAAUUCCGAGUACGACUUCAUCAACAUCACCGUUGUGAUGCCAGACGGAGACGUAGCUUACCUGAAGGAGGACAAGUCCAGCACGAGCCGUACGCUGACCGGUCUGGUGGCCGGGGAGGAGUACCUGGUGACGCUCACCAUACACACGCCGUACAGCCAGAGGUUGAGCGAGGAGGUCACGGGGAACUUCCGGACAAAGCCGGUCCCGCCUGUGAUCAUGAGCAGCGUGUCUGAGGAGCGAGAGCUCAGCCUCUCCCUGGCCCGCAGCGAGAACGUGGGUGUGAUGGACGCCAUACGAGCCACACUGCUGCAGACCACAGACACUCAGAUUGUGAUGACCAACAACUCCGGACUGGUCCGUUUCGCUGGGCUGGAGCCGGGCACGCUGUACACAGUGGAGACCUUCACGGUCAGUGGGGAGGAGAGGAGUCUGGUGGUCACUGCUGACCGCUACACCACCCCAGAGCCACACGGGCACAGAACUGAAGCACAUCUUCCCCGACCUGCAGCCUGGCACCGCCUACAACGUGACCGUCGUGGCCAACAAGGGAGACCAGUCCAGCGACCUGGUCUGGGCCGAGAACACGACGUCCCCGCUGGGAGUGACCCACAUCCGGGUGGCCGUGCGAGGAAUCGACUCGGUCACCGUGGCCUGGGACCCGCCCAUCGGCUCGGGCCUCUCCGGCUACGCCCUCACCUUCGAGGCGAGCAAUCUAACCCUGCACCAGGUCCCCCCCUCUGUCAAUCAGUAUAAGUUUGAGGGGCUCGAACCAGAAGCCAACUACACCCUGGAGCUGUUUGUCUACAGCGAGCGGUCAGACGGCGUGCUCUUGUACAGUCCAGAGAUUCAGUUUAAUUUCUCCACAUACCCAGAGUCUGUGGCAGCCUUGCAGAAAGUGGACGCGACCUCCGACAGUCUGACGGUCAACUGGACCGCACCGGUCAGUGGAGACUUCAAUUUCUUCCAGCUGGGGAUCCGGUCGGGGGAUCCCAACUCCGUACAGUCUUUCAAUGUGCCCAGGACCCGGACCAACGUGACGUUUGAGAAUCUGGCGCCUGGCGUGAGCCACGUGGUGGCCAUUAGGACGGCCGUGCUGGUACCUGGCCGAGCGCCGCAGUUCGGAGUGAGCGUCCGAAUGUUGGCCGUCACCAAGCCGCUGCCCGUAGAGGAGCUGGAGGCGGUGACGGUCAACACCACGGCCUUGACCCUGCGCUGGACCACCAACAGGACCAGCAGUCAGGACAGGUUUGAUGUGACCUACGGAGUUGAGGACAGCUCCAAGUCGGAGAGUCUCGCUGCCGUCAACACGACCAACUCGUACGAGCUGACGCUGUCGCAGCUGCGGGCCGGCUACAACUACAGCGUGGAGGUCAGGGCCGUGCGCUCCAUCGAGACCGACACGGAGAUCAGCGACGUCGCCAUGGAGACAGGGGUCACAGUGCCUCUGCCGGUCCAGAAUCUGACCUUGACAGCUGAGGGUCGCGACCUUCGCAUCACGUGGGCUCCUCCGUCCAGCGGGUUGUGGGACAGCUACACGGUGCGGUACAGACCCGUGCUGCGCAACCCGGCCUCCGUGUUCCUGCUGCGUACAGCCAGCCACGACCAGCGCUCGGUGCGCAUCACCGAGCUGUUCCCCGGGGAGAAGUACCAGGUCAAGGUCGUGACCAUCAGCAAUGACCUUGAGAGUGAGUCGAUGGAGGCUCACACGGUUUUAGACGCGGCGGGGACCUUCAGCCGAUCCCAGCAGGUGGACGCUACCGAGGACCAGACAGAGUACGCGCUGGAGCUGCGGGGGCUGACCGCCGGUCAAAACUACACGGUCACGCUCACCAGCUUGGUGGCUGACGUCUACAAGUCGACGUCUGUGAGCAUCGGCGUUACUGCCAAGCCUGUGAUCCACAGUUUCCUAGAGGAGCUCUCCUCCACCAACUCGUCUCUCACCAUCCAGUACACGGUCAAGCCAGACGACGUGUUUUCCGACUUCCUGUUCACGCUGACGGACGAGUCGGGACAGGAAGUGGAUGCGGUCAGUCGCAGCAAGGCAGCGCCGCAGCGCACUGUGGAGUUCUCCGCGCUGGAGGGAGGUACACGCUACACGCUUGAGGCGGUGACGCGCAGUGGGGCGGAGACCAGCGAUGCUAUCUCGCUGGAACUAAUCACAGAUCCCAACCCUGUACCGGUGACCUUGUCGGCAACCGCCACAAAGAUAACCCUGACCUUUGGGCCCCAGCAAGGUCAAGCUUGGGGUCACCGGGUCACGUGUAUGCCGGUCCGGCCGGGAGCCAGCUCUUGUGGUCAGCAAGAACCCCCGGCGGGCCAGCCCACGGUCAGUUUUGACAACCUGAGCCCGUACAAAGACUACAGCUUCGAGGUGGUGACCUUAGCACAGGAGCUGGAGGGAAGGAGGAAGAAUGUCACAGAAGUCUAUCAGCAGCAGACGGAGCAGGCUCCUCCGUCGGCCGUCCAGUCUCUGGCUGCGGUCAGCCGUGGCCUCAACACGGUGGACGUGUCGUGGGAGCGCCCCCUGGUGAUGAACGGCGUGCUCACAGACUACGUGGUCUCGUACAGGGGCCGGGAGCCCGACGUGGCCUCCGCUCCACUGGAUUCGAACACCAUGAGCCUGGGUACAACAGCCACCUCUGUUACUUUUGACAAGCUCAAGGCGGGCUACGAGUACACUUUCCAGGUGUUUGCUGUGACCGUUGGACAGGGCAAGAAGACGGAGAAAGUGGUCACCAUGCCAACUGGAGCCGCAGGGUCCAGCAGCAAUGCGGGUGUGGUCGGGGGUGCGGUGGGCGCUGUCCUCCUGCUCAUCGUCAUCGUCAUCAUCGUCGUUGUCUUCGUGCUGCGACGGAAGAACAGGCCCAAGAAGGCGGUCAAGCACACGGGGCCUCGCCAAACCUGGGAGCAGUCCACUAUGAACAAGUUCAGCCGGCCCGUCAAACUGGCCGACUUCCCGUCACACGUGCGGAAGAUGACGGCUGACUCAGACUUCAAGUACGCCGAGGAGUAUGAGGACCUGAAGGAAGUAGGUCGCGACCAGCCAUGCCUGGCUGCAGAGUUCCCACCGAACCGCCCCAAGAACCGGUUCACAAACAUCCUGCCCUACGACCACUCGCGGGUCAAACUGCUGCCCACGGACGACGAGGAGGGCUCCGACUAUAUCAACGCUAAUUAUAUGCCCGGUUACAACUCCAAGCGCGAGUACAUCGCCACGCAGGGCCCCCUGCCAGCCACCCGCGACGACUUCUGGCGUAUGGUGUGGGAGCAGAGCACACGCAACGUGGUCAUGCUGACCAAGUGCCAGGAGAAGGGACGGGAGAAGAGUGACCACUACUGGCCGAGUGACCCCGAGCCCAAGUUCUACGGUGACCUCCAGGUGGGCAUCCUCAACGAGACCCACAUGCCCGACUGGACGGUGACAGAGUUCAAGGUCGCUCUGGGCGAGGUGUCCCGCACAGUGCGACACUUCCACUACCGCGUGUGGCCAGACUUCGGCGUGCCCAAAGACCCGACCUCGUUGAUCCGAUUUGUGCGAACCGUGAGGGAGAAGCUGAUCCGAGAGGGGGGACCCAUCGUCACCCACUGCAGCGCCGGCGUGGGCCGGUCAGGGACUUUCAUCGUCCUUGACCACCUGCUGCAGCUGAUCCGGGAGAAGGACGAGGUGGACAUCUUCAGCAUCGUCUACAAGCUACGCAAGGAGAGGGUGCUCAUGGUGCAGACGGAGAUGACGAAGGCAUCAACGUGGAAGUGUCGUGAGUGAGAGAAUGUCACAUGACGUCGCUGCCACAUGAUGUCGCUGUCGCAUGACGCAGCAGCGGGCGGUGUUUCAUCAGUCAGGACAGUGUGUGUGUGUGGGGGGGGGGGGGAACUUGGAGACAUGAACGAGGUGCUAGUGGCAUGGCCUGCUGUGAGGCUGUAAUUUGAAAUUUUAAUACAUUUUUUUUGCUUUAAAUCUUCUUUUAUUUUGUAGGGAUGAAAUUCUGGUCCAAGUUUUAUCGCGAAUAUGUAUAGAUUCUUCGUACGCAGAUGAUUUAACAUGUACUCUCUGAUAUAUGGGUAUACUUUUUUUAUAUCUAUGUUUUGAAAUGAUUUGUGGUUAUUUGAAAGAACAAAACAAAAUACGUACGUAA